AUGCCCUUCAACACUCCUAUCCAGACCACCCUCAAUGGUCCCUCUGUCGCGUUCGGUUUCUGGCUCACGCUUCCAAGCGCCGCUGUCGCAAAGACUAUUGUCCACGGUUCAUCCGGGUCUUCGACUAAGUUCAGCUGGAUCUUGGUUGACGCUGAACAUGGCCUGAUUUCUGACAACCACUACUAUGAGCUGAACAACGCCAUCGGCUCCGAAGGCGUCAGCCCUAUUAUCCGGAUUCCAUUCGCCCAGGAGUGGAUGGUUAAGCGUGCCCUCGAUGCUGGUGCUCACGGAAUCAUGACCCCUAUGUGCCAUACAGCGGAGGAAGCUGCCAACAUUGUCAAGUGGACUCGCUACCCACCCGUUGGAACCCGUGGCUACGGACCCAUGUUUGCGCCUCACUCGUUUGCCGGAGUUGACCCCGGUGCUGACCACGAUGACGGUGCGAACGACGGCUUGACCGUUGCUGUGCAGAUCGAGUCUCAGUCGGGAGUUGACAAUGUUGAGAAGAUCGCGGCCGUUGAUGGAAUUGACGUUCUCUUCAUCGGACCUUUCGAUCUUGCUAAGCAGACUGGUGUCACUCGUGGGGGCGAAGAGCACGAAGCUAUUAUUCAGCGCAUCCUGAAGGCGGCCCACGGAGCUGGCAAGAAGGCCGCUAUCUUCUGUACCGAUGGAAACGACUCACGCAACCGCGCUCAACAAGGGUUCGACAUGAUCUCUGUCAACACCGAUGUUGGUGUUAUCCGUACAGGCAUGCUGAAUGAGCUGAAAGUUGCGAAUGGAGAGAGCGUGCAGCGCGGCCCUGGGGGCUACUAG